AUGCGGCUCGCUGUGACUCUGCUGUUGCUACCGUCGCUGGCGGCGUGUGGGCUUUUAGAAGAGAUCGAGCGAGGAAUCAAGAAGAUGGUAGACUGCGCCUCCUGCUAUUCCAUGCUGCCCACAUUCCAAGCUGUCGCUCUUCUUGGCGAUAGGGCUUUCGUCAACACCAUUACCACCGCCUGCAACGACCUCCGAAUUGAGGAUCGCGACGUCUGCGAGGGUGCUAUCGCAACUCAAGGCCCCAUCCUCGCUCAUGACCUUCGGCACUUCUCAUUGAGAAGCCAGACUGCCACCAAGUUCUGCGAGGCUGUAUUCGGGCUCUGUCAGUCGCCACCGAUCAACGAGUACAUUGUUCCGUUUCCGAAGCCUGCGCCGAGCACUCCGAAGGUGUUCAAGUCCUCCGGAAGACCACCCGUUCAAGUCGUUCAUGUCAGCGAUGUGCAUAUAGACAGGCAAUACACGGUGGGCGCCGAGGCGAACUGUACAAAGCCGAUCUGCUGCCGGAAUUUUGACGACGCAGGCCCUCACAUCAAAGUACACGCAGCGCCACACGGAAACAGACACUGCGACUCCCCCGUCCUUCUCACCGACUCGAUGCUCGCAGCGGUCAAAGCGUUUGCCCCAGAGGCACGCUUCUCAAUCUUUACUGGAGACGUGGUAGAUCAUGCGGUCUGGGAAGUGAACGAGGACGGUGUCUCCAAGGACAUGCAAGCUUUCAGUGAGCAGUGGGCGGAGAAGCUGGAGGGACCACUAUUCCCCGCCCUCGGAAAUCACGAAUCCGCACCUACGAACAGCUUCCCGCGCAACACGACAGAUCACCCAAUCAACUCGCAAUGGGUGUUUGCCAUACAGGAAGGCAGCUGGAGCCAAUGGAUUGGCCGCAAGGCAACUGCUCAGAUCCGUCACAAUUCCGGAAGCUAUUCGACAAUGGCGCCUGGUCUUAACCUGAAGAUCAUUUCUCUUAAUACCGUGUACUGGUAUAAGCAGAACUUCUGGCUGUACGACAGCAACGAGCAUCAACCGGACCCAAAUGGUAUCAUCGCAUACCUCGUGCAAGAGCUGCAAGAGGCCGAAGAUGCAGGACAGCGUGCGUGGAUUAUCGCGCACAUGCCCCCUGGCCGGGGAGAUGUCAUGCGCGACCAGUCGUACUACUUCGAUCAGGUGAUGCAGCGGUACAAGAACACGAUUGCUGGUCAGUAUUACGGUCACACGCACAAGGACGAAUUCGCCGUUGGGUAUUCGAAUUACAGCGAUCUGACCGCGGGCAAUGCAGUUAGUGUCGCGAUGAUAGGGCCCGCGCUCACCCCGAUGAGUGGUAAUCCUGCAUUCAAGGUGUACGACAUCGAUGCAGACACGUUUGAGAUCAUAGAUGCCAGAACUUACAUGAGCAAUAUAUCUGACCCAUUCUAUCAGCUCCACCCGACGUGGGAGUUGUAUUACAGCGCACGUGAGACAUAUGGUCCCCUUGUCCCCUCGCUCGGCGACCAAUCACUCAGUCCCGCAUUCUGGCACAACCUUACGGAAGUCUUCUAUGCCAACGACACCGCCUUCCAGCACUAUAUCGCAGCGAAGAGCCGCGGAGCGGAGCACAAGCCAUGCCGAGGGCAGUGCAAGAACGGCACACUGUGCGAGAUGCGCACACUCAGAGCGGAUAUCUGUGGGUUCCAAUCGGGCCCUGUGUUCCGGAUCCCUGAUCCUGGGGACCAUCUCGAGGAGGCAGAGCACUAUGACUCGUGCGAAGGCAUUGGCAUUGGCCACAUCCUGAGGAAGAUGAGAACGAAGGCUUCGUCGAGGAUGGACGACUCAUUGUCUUUGGACGUGGAUGGCCAUCCCAACCAGGCCAUCUUUGACUUCUGA